AUGUCAGAAGUAAAUUAAGAACCAGUACUUGAACAGCCUAUGACUGAAAGCAACUAGUUCAAUACAAAUACUCAAUCUGUACUUAGAUCAUCUUAGCAAUUCUAAAAAAGUGGAAUUAAUUUCUAGGUCCAAGGUGCAAGAACAUUGCAAAAUUCUGGUAGUCAAGGCCAAUACUUUUUGCCUUAAAUUGGAAUGCAAAAGAAGAAAGUUUGGAAUCCAAGAUUUCAUGUUUCGUCUCGCAAUAAUCUCGCCAAGGCACACCCGUUUUACAGAAAUUAUUUUGAUAAGAAUGAAAGAGUAAACGAUCAGAGACUUUUGAAGCCCUAUCAUCCUGAAAAAAGCAUGAAGGAAAUCGUUUAGCAUCAGCAGACUCUCAUGAUGAGAAGAAGCCAGAGUUAAGCAGCUCUGGGAAAGUGGGAUGACUACUUCAGCAAGAUGCACAGCAAGAAUAAUGAUAGAGUGCACAAUAACUUUAGAGAGUUCUUUGAUAAACCCAUCCAAUAUGAUUAGAAAGGAUACUCAGGGUAAUUCGAAAACAACAAUUAACAUAAUUAAUAUAGCAAUAUUAACUUCGCACCAAUGGAAGUUUAUCAUAAGUAUUCUCCUAAGGGCAAGUAGAUCAAGCAGCAGACAUCCUCUGAUUUCUAUAAAUCUCAAAAAGCUGAGCGUUUCCUUAACACUAACAAAAGCGUUGCAUAACUCCAAGAUCCAGAAAUACUGCAACUGAGAACUGCUAAAAGUCCAGAAGUUAUCAAAAAGGAAUCAAAAUGGAAUUAAAGAAUUGGACUACCUAUUUCCACUUUCAAUGAGCAUGUUUUCCCAAGAUACAGAAUAACUUUUAAUAAUUUGUGA